CCCCCCCCCCCCCCGCCCCUUGUCGCAGAGCUUGGGCUGGGCGGCUCGCUGGGGCUCCGGGGUGGGGGGGGCGGCGGUCCGUCGCCAGGCCCCCUCCUCCUCCUCACUCCUCGCCCUCCAGCGGAGCGGCUACCCGAGCGCUGCAGGGGGCUGCGCCUGCCUACUCCGCCCCGGACCUCUCGGCGAAAGGGUUUCUGUACUUGUUCAUGGCUGGAUUAUUUGUUGAUAUUCUUCAAGAUUUCUUAAAUUUUAUGCCAACGUGGCUUCAUUCAUACAGAUGAACCAAGGAUUGGGAUAGCAGUACAAAAUUAGAAUCAGAGAGCUGAUUGCCCAGCAGGAUGCCAUCAACUAACCGAGCGGGCAGCCUGAAGGACCCUGAAAUUGCAGAGCUCUUCUUCAAAGAAGAUCCAGAGAAGCUCUUCACAGAUCUCAGAGAAAUUGGCCAUGGAAGCUUUGGAGCAGUGUAUUUUGCACGAGAUGUGCGUACCAAUGAAGUGGUGGCCAUCAAGAAAAUGUCAUAUAGUGGAAAGCAGUCUACUGAGAAAUGGCAGGAUAUUAUUAAGGAAGUCAAGUUUCUACAAAGAAUAAAACAUCCCAAUAGUAUAGAAUACAAAGGCUGCUAUUUACGUGAGCACACAGCAUGGCUUGUAAUGGAAUAUUGUUUAGGAUCGGCUUCAGAUUUACUGGAAGUUCACAAAAAGCCAUUACAGGAAGUGGAAAUAGCAGCAAUUACACAUGGUGCUCUCCAGGGAUUAGCCUACUUACAUUCUCAUACUAUGAUCCACAGAGAUAUUAAAGCAGGAAAUAUCCUUCUGACUGAACCAGGCCAGGUGAAACUUGCUGACUUUGGAUCUGCUUCUAUGGCAUCUCCUGCAAAUUCUUUUGUGGGAACGCCAUAUUGGAUGGCCCCAGAAGUAAUUUUAGCCAUGGAUGAAGGACAGUAUGAUGGCAAAGUAGAUGUAUGGUCUCUUGGAAUAACAUGUAUUGAACUAGCGGAAAGGAAGCCUCCUUUAUUUAAUAUGAAUGCAAUGAGUGCCUUAUAUCACAUAGCCCAAAAUGAAUCCCCUACACUACAGUCUAAUGAAUGGUCUGAUUAUUUUCGCAACUUUGUAGAUUCUUGCCUCCAGAAAAUCCCUCAAGAUCGCCCUACAUCAGAGGAACUUUUAAAGCACAUGUUUGUUCUUCGGGAACGCCCUGAAACAGUGUUAAUAGAUCUCAUUCAAAGGACAAAGGAUGCAGUAAGAGAGCUAGACAAUCUGCAGUAUCGAAAGAUGAAGAAACUCCUUUUCCAGGAGGCACAUAAUGGACCAGCAGUAGAAGCACAGGAAGAAGAAGAGGAACAAGAUCAUGGUGUUGGACGGACAGGAACAGUGAAUAGCGUUGGAAGUAAUCAGUCUAUUCCCAGUAUGUCCAUCAGUGCCAGUAGCCAAAGCAGUAGUGUUAACAGUCUUCCAGAUGCCUCAGAUGACAAGAGUGAACUAGACAUGAUGGAGGGAGACCACACGGUGAUGUCUAAUAGUUCUGUCAUCCAUUUAAAACCUGAGGAAGAAAAUUACAGAGAAGAGGGAGAUCCUAGAACAAGAGCAUCAGAUCCACAAUCUCCGCCCCAAGUAUCUCGUCAUAAAUCACACUACCGUAAUCGAGAACACUUUGCUACUAUACGGACGGCGUCACUGGUUACGAGGCAAAUGCAGGAACACGAGCAGGACUCUGAGCUUAGAGAACAGAUGUCUGGCUAUAAGAGAAUGAGGCGGCAACAUCAAAAGCAGCUGAUGACUCUGGAAAAUAAGCUAAAGGCUGAGAUGGAUGAACAUCGCCUCAGAUUAGACAAAGAUCUUGAAACUCAACGUAACAAUUUUGCUGCAGAAAUGGAGAAACUUAUCAAGAAACAUCAGGCUGCUAUGGAAAAAGAGGCCAAAGUCAUGGCCAAUGAGGAGAAAAAAUUUCAGCAACAUAUUCAGGCCCAACAGAAGAAAGAACUGAAUAGCUUUUUGGAGUCCCAGAAAAGAGAAUAUAAACUUCGAAAAGAACAGCUUAAAGAGGAGCUGAAUGAAAAUCAGAGCACCCCAAAAAAAGAAAAACAGGAGUGGCUUUCAAAGCAGAAGGAGAAUAUACAGCAUUUCCAAGCAGAAGAGGAGGCUAAUCUUCUUCGACGUCAGAGACAAUACCUAGAGCUAGAAUGCCGUCGCUUCAAGAGAAGAAUGUUACUUGGGCGCCAUAACUUGGAGCAGGACCUCGUCAGGGAGGAGUUAAAUAAAAGGCAGACGCAAAAGGAUUUAGAGCAUGCCAUGCUACUGCGACAGCAUGAAUCCAUGCAAGAACUGGAGUUCCGCCACCUCAACACAAUUCAGAAGAUGCGAUGUGAGUUGAUCAGGUUGCAGCAUCAAACUGAGCUCACUAACCAGCUGGAAUAUAAUAAGCGAAGAGAACGAGAACUAAGGCGAAAGCAUGUCAUGGAGGUUCGACAACAGCCUAAGAGCCUGAAGUCUAAAGAACUCCAAAUAAAAAAGCAAUUUCAGGACACCUGCAAAAUCCAAACCCGACAGUACAAAGCAUUAAGAAAUCACCUACUGGAGACUACACCAAAGAGUGAGCACAAAGCUGUUUUGAAACGGCUCAAGGAGGAGCAGACCCGGAAGUUAGCCAUCUUGGCUGAGCAGUAUGAUCACAGCAUUAAUGAAAUGCUCUCCACACAAGCCCUGCGUUUGGAUGAAGCACAGGAGGCAGAGUGCCAAGUUUUGAAGAUGCAGCUGCAGCAGGAACUGGAGCUGUUGAAUGCAUAUCAGAGCAAAAUCAAGAUGCAAGCCGAGGCACAACAUGAUCGGGAGCUUCGGGAGCUUGAACAGAGGGUCUCCCUCCGCAGGGCACUCUUAGAACAAAAGAUUGAAGAAGAGAUGUUGGCUUUGCAGAAUGAACGCACAGAACGAAUACGAAGCCUGCUGGAGCGUCAAGCCAGAGAAAUUGAAGCUUUUGACUCUGAAAGCAUGAGACUAGGUUUUAGUAACAUGGUCCUUUCUAAUCUCUCCCCUGAGGCAUUCAGCCACAGCUACCCGGGAGCUUCUGGUUGGUCUCACAAUCCUACUGGGGGUCCAGGACCUCACUGGGGUCAUCCCAUGGGUGGCCCACCACAAGCUUGGGGCCAUCCAAUGCAAGGUGGACCCCAGCCAUGGGGUCACCCCUCAGGGCCAAUGCAAGGGGUACCUCGAGGUAGCAGUAUGGGAGUCCGCAAUAGCCCUCAGGCUCUGAGGCGGACAGCUUCUGGGGGACGGACGGAGCAGGGCAUGAGCAGAAGCACGAGUGUCACUUCACAAAUAUCCAAUGGGUCACACAUGUCUUAUACAUAACUUAAUAAUUGAGAGUGGCAAUUCCGCUGGAGCUGUCUGCCAAAAGAAACUGCCUACAGACAUCGUCACAGCAGCCUCCUCACUUGGGUACUACAGUGUGGAAGCUGAGUGCAUAUGGUAUAUUUUAUUCAUUUUUGUAAAGCGUUCUGUUUUGUGUUCACUAAUUGGGAUGUCAUAGUAUUUGGCUGCCGGGUUUUGUUUUGUUUUUUAACCUUUUGGAGAAAUUUUGAAAAGGGGAAUUGAUAUGUGUGUGUCUGUGUGUGUCUUUACACACACACAACACGCACACACAUAUAUCAUGCAUAUGGUAAAAAGAAAUUGGCUAGAUAGGGGGUAUUUUCUGAACACUGCAAAAAAUGAAUGCAGCAAAGUGGCUUGAGUCAUCACUUUUGGGCAACUAUAUCCUACGAAGUUUGUGAAAAGAUCUAAAGCCUUUCUCCAUACCCCCAAAUUCUUAUGAGCCACUCACAGCAGGCAGUAUAUGCUGAAACAAGUUAUUAUGGAAACAUACCUGUAUCCCCUCACCAAUGUAUUUUCUUUAUUAAAUUGCUCUGACUUCUCAGCCUCAUUUGGAGUAAAAAAGAAAGCGGAAUUCCAUGAACACUAAAGGGUUGUAUUGACUUUUCAGAAAGUAGAAAACAACUUAGUUCUUUUUCUGAAUGCUGCAUAGGUUUGUCAGUGAUUUUUUUUUUUUUUUUUUUUAACCUUUCAAUUGUGCCUUCUUUGUGGCAUGGUGAGAUGGAGGUGCUUAAGGAGAUCACAAGUUGUCUGGGAAUUGCAUCAGUGAACCUAUGAGCCCUCAAAGGGGAAGACCAGAAGGGUGAGAGAGGUCCCUGAAAGUUCAUAUGAUGGGUAUGUUCAGCAGCAGGGUGAGGAGAUGAAGCCUAUAUAUCCUGACAUUUUGUUGCUUAUACUGUGAUAUCUCAUCCUAGCUAAGCUCUGUAACUCCCAGGACCCCAAACAGUACUUUUACUUUGUUUGUACAAAAACAAAGAUGUAUAGCCAAUACAAAUCAAAUGCCAGAGGUAUUUGAAUGAUGGAUGCCAUAUUUGCAAACUGCCCUCUAUUGGAAUUCUUAUUACACUACGUAGACAUAAUUUGAUUACCCCCUUUUGGCUUAUGGGAUUCCCUGUUUACAAGUAGAAUAGCCAAUUAUUAUUUAAGUGUUUAGUUGCCAUAGUGAACCAGGAGUCACUGAGCCAAUGACGUUACCAGCUGCUGACUAUUCCUCAUCACCACUGUAGAUUUUGCUGCAUGUGCAGGUCCUCUUUUUUUCUUUUUUUUAAUUGCUGUUUUUGUUGCUGCAAUACUUUACAAACUUCUAGUUCCUUGAGACUUAGUGACCAUUGGCAUCAUGUUAACAUCACACAAUAGUAAACACCACUUCUAGAAGUCUCUAGCCUCAGUGCUAAAGUACUACUGAAAAGGAACUAGCAAGUUUGGCAAAUUAAAAAAAAAAAGUAAAGUAAGUUAUAGUGGUCAGGGAAUCUCUUGACAAAAGCUGACUUUUUUUUCCCUAGAGAGGGGCAUGUUUUGUUUUGUUUUGCAAUGAAGGAUCAACCCAAUGCUGAAAGUCAGAUGUUACUUGGUAUUCCACUGCCAGUGUGGAAAUUCAGUUGAAGGUGGAUAGGGACCUGUGAGUAUGACUUGAAGAAAAAAAUGUCCUUUUCCAGUGACAGAUCAGAGUUUCUUACAAGUUAUUGUCCUGCUCCCUCCCCAGUUGUCUUGAAGAACCCUUGCUGCUAGCUCUGGAUCCUGCUUUUCGUAUAGUCACAGGGCUCCAAGGUAGAAGUCUGUAGGUCCCUCUCAAUGAUACUCACCUAGACCAGACUAAUGACCUGACAGGAAUCUACCGCUGUUGAAAUCUUGGUUUUCUCAACCGAAUUUAAGUCUCCCCCAGGUAUGUCAGUCCAACCUCCACGAAUCCGCCCCUUUAGAAGUUUCUGGCCUUCAUUUAAAGGUAACUAGAAGAAAAAUUAAUUUUUAAUGUAAAUACUUUUAAAACCAAGGUCAGAGUAGAAUUCACACACAAUUUUAGGUGGUGGCUCAGGUGGCACUCUGGAACAUUGUCCUGUUGACUAUGCUCAAGAUCACCAGUUUUUAGGUGAAUAUGACAUACACUUGUCAUAUCUAAUAAAGUGGGCUUUUAAUUUUCUCAGUAUCUUUUUUGCACUCAAAUAUUAUACAAUAUUUCAAGCAAAUUGACAUAUGUACCUAUAUGGAGGAAAAUGAUAGGAGAGAGCCUUAGAAUUAAUAAAAUGUCAAAAAAUAUAAUGGAAUUUGAUAUCUUUAAAAAUUUUUUAUUAGAUCUUGCCCCUCUGUACUACUGGAGGAAUGGAAUAGGGAAGCAGAUCAGUUUUGCAUACAAAACUCUUUAAAAUCCAAAAUGCUACCAAUGGUACAUGUUAAAGUCUACUUGUGGACUUAAAUUAGUCCAACUGAGUUACCUAGUUCAUGUAGAUCAUAGGUACUUGUAAAAUCAUGAUUGAAUGCUGAUUCCAAAUGUCCACCCAGUAGGGCUUUGUAUCUGAUUUAAUUGUGUGGCAAUCAGUUUUAUGUGUAGGUCAUGGCUAUACCUGGAUUAUUCCAUUAAAUUAAUUUUAAUUAAAAUAUAUAUAGUUUGCAAAAAUGAUUCAAAUUAAUUGGUUUGUGUGUGUUUGUAAGAUCUAACUUCUGAGGAAUCUCAUACGUGGUAGAAAACAUCAGGAGUAAAGCUUGUAGCCAGAAAAUUUUAAAAGUUUUCAGAGAUCCUAAAGAAAGAAGCAGGCACUUUCUGAAUCAGUGUGCAAAUGUAAACGUUUGAUCAAAUUAAUACUACCUCCUUCCCAGUGUUGUUGUUCACUCAAUAUAUAUGUGUUUAAGAAAAUUAAAAGUGUGAGAAAUUUGUCCAGCAUAUCAGAAAGUCAUAAAUGCUAUGUCUGGUAUCCAGAGCUUGGCACUAAAAAGUUUCUUGUGUUCACUGUGUCUCCCUUUUUUUAGUUAGCAUUUUAAAAAUGCAAAACCUCAUACCUUGAAAAACAUUAUUCCUAAUUGGGUUCCCUUCCUUGUGCGCAUAUUUUUUUCUCCCCUUAUUAAAGUCAACUCUAACCCCAAAUUAUAGUAUUUGAAAGUAUUUUCAUUAUAUAGAUAAUGUUAGCUGGAAAAUGUGUUUGUAUUAUUUUUGUUCAGAGCUGCCGUUCUUUUUAGUCAUUUCUGUGCCUAGAGAUGAAUAGUCCUGCAUUUGAAGCUACACCCACAGGUAUAAUAUGCUUGGUACUCUAGGUCAAGGAUUUAUUGGUAAAUUGAACUUUUUAGCAUAGUCAUGAUUUUCAGCUGCCUAGACAUCAGGUAAACACCAUUCAGUACACUAAAGAAACUCAUUGACACUCCAUCCCGCUCCCACCUAUUUUUCCUCACCCCUUUUUCAAAAAUCGAGAACUCUAUGAGUGUCUUUUUCAGACCAUAAGGCAGGCUUUAGUACCUUUCUACUUCUUUAAGUACUAAAUGUCUGACGUUUUAAACUUUUAUAGAAUACAUUGUGUUGGACACUGGAAUAAUACUGUUUAUUUUCACCUGUGAAAAAUGACUUUAUUGUACUUGAAACACCUCUUGCAUUUCUCCAUUUGUGCCAUUCACUAGUGGAAAUAAAUUGUAUUAUACCAUGAUCUACUGGCUUUUUAAAACUGUGUUAAAUAUGCACAUUUUUGGUAUAGCUGUUAUCAUUUGUAUGUAUAUAUUGUAUAUACAUAUGAGUGUCUAUAUGUGUGUAUAGAUAGAUGGAUGUAACUCAUACUGUACAUUUCCAUCAGGGCACUUAAGGUUCUGUUAUUUUGUUUUUUAUUUCAGUCCUCAGUUAAGGCAAGAAUGCAUGUGUUUCUUAAGAAUGAGUACGCUGGGUUGAUAUUUAUGAGAAGGUGGUCAUUGGAUGCAAUCUUUUCUUUUUUUAGUCCCCUCUUAGCACUUGUGUGGGUGGAAAGAAAGUUAAGUAAAAGGUGGAACCAUAAGUUGCAAUGCAGUAAAAUAGUGCUGGGGAAGGAACCAGUUAGUGUUUCUGUGAGUUUAUGUCAUGAUGCAAUAAAAAGUGAUGCAGAGAGGAAUGAACCACUAGUGGUGAUUCCUCUGCAAAGAUGAUAAAAAGAAUCAAUAAAUCACAGUCUUCACGUGCACUCUAUACAUAAUUCUUAGUAGUGAUGCCAUUGAUUCUCUUACUCUUUUUCUCCAUUAAUACUAAUAAUUAUAAAUUUUGCUGAAGACCAAAACAGCCAAGAAGGAAAUUACUGCUAAAACAACUUGGGUUCUCCUAAACUAUAAAAUCAACAGGAAAUGGCCACUGGGAGAGAAGGAUAUGGUAUUGGCUGGGGCUUUCUCCCUUUAGCUGCCUCUUCUUGCUUGCUAAUAGUAAUUUCUUCAUGCACCUUCCACCACUUCUGAGCCACUACUAUUCAAGCAGAGAUUUGGCCCAACACAGCAAUCUUUUCCUAGGAGGUUUAUAUGGUCCACCGUUUUCUCCCAUGCUCACAAUGUGAAGUGUCUAGUAUGUAUUCAAGUCAGAAAAUAAUAUAUUUAAGGUAUAAAGUAUGAAUCUCCUAUAAUGAUGGAAGAAGAGGUUCUUGUUUCUUAGAUAGAAAACUGCCUUUACUAAGGAACAAAGCCAAAACUUGGGCUGUCAUCUUUGCGCCGCUUAGCAAAAUACAGAUCAUUAUUAAAGAGGAACAAAUUCUCUGUUUUGUUUUCCCUCAUCUAACAUGAUAGUGUUCCCAACCAGGUUGUAGCAGUGCCUUUGAAAAGGCACUCACUCACUCGUAGUUGUUAAGAACUGGAAAUUUCCCAUCCUCAGAUUCCUUAAAGGAUGAAGAGUGUGCUGUACACUUAGCAGACUUGCCUCUUGUAUGCAAGGACUACUGAUUGAAGUCUGUUUUGCUGUGUAUCUGGUUAUGUUGUCUGCACUUUUAUGAAAUCACUACAAUAGGUCUACAUUGGAAACAACUAUUAAUUUGUAAAGAAGUAAGUUUUAUUAAACACUGUCUAGAAAAAGAAAGUGAAGCUGAGAACUCUUCCUUUAUUGUGCAUUUAUAUGUUCUACUGAACUCUGGUAGCCCCUGUUAAAGUCACAUUGACUAAUUUUUUCCUCGUUUAUAUUCAUAUUUCCAAAAUUUCACUCAUAAAAAGGAAGAGAACCCAUUUGGCCUAAUGGUAGUUUUCAGAUCAUAAGACAUAUAUAAAUUAGUAUGCACCUUAUCUGCCUGUUGUGGGUUUCUUAAACUUGCACUUCCCUCCCACCCACCCAAAAAUAGAUAUCCCUUAAAGAAAAUAAAGGCAGAGAAUUAAAACUGGGGAGCCAUUUACUAUGUCACCAUCACUGUUAACUAUUUCCCAGCAAUCCUGACCUUUUGAAGUUUCAGAGAUUUGUGUGUGUGUGUGGGUGCGCGUGCAGGUUUGAUUGUGUUGGGUUUGUUUUGUUUUUAAAUAAACAAGAGAUUCUUCUUUAAAUAGAGAAAAAGGUUAAUCCUCUCUGAAACAGGAUGCCCACUGGAUAUACUAAUCUGGACAUCUGUAGGUAGUUUGCCAUGAAAAAGUGGAGAGAAGAUGAGACUUCUGAAUGAAUGAAAAGGGUAUCUUGAUGCCCAAGAAUUCCCCCUAAAGUACGGGUAAUUCAACCUGCACAGUUUCCUUUUCGCUCAUAGUUUUUAGCAAUUGUGAGUGAAAAAUCAUGUAAUUAUCUGUAAAUAUGUAGCUAACAAAUUGACCUAGUUUCUGUAUUUUUUUGUUUUUGUACUAAAGUUUAUAAGUCUGUGCCAGCUAGAGAGGAGUUGCUGUCAUUGCCAGUUGUGGUCCUAGCAUCUAACCCUGAAACCAUCCUAGGUAACAUUUUUAGAAUUAAUGCUUAAAUGUUGUUAAACAGGGGGAAUUGAAGCUUAAUCAUUGGUCAGGUUUAAAAUCUUUUGAAGUGAAGUCAUUUUAUUUAAUAUAAUGAUUACGUGUCCUCCAUCAUGAUUGAGGUAGGGAGCCUCCCUCCCCCAGUGGCCAUGUUUACAGAAGUGUGUUUUGUUUAUAAGUGCAAGAGUUUUAAUGUUUAUGUGAAUUAUGCAGGUGAUAACAUUAUGGCUUGGAACUGUUUAUUGGGCUCUCUAGCUGAAUUUUCAAAUGAAAUGAACUAUGCUUAUUGUUGGCACAUUGAUCCCAUUUUUGGAGCAUUUUUCCUAUUUCCAGAAUUGCAUAUGUUCCUUUGUCAUUAUCCCCACUUAAGCUUUCUCUGAUAUGCCUUGUAGUCUAAGGUAUUAAAGGCUGGUGAACAUAGACGAGGGAAAUGUAUUUUUUAAAAUCCAUGAACCCUCAUUUGUAUGUUUUCAGUACUCAUGUUAUAUGUUUCUAUGGCAACUCUGAGGUCAGUGGAGUUUAGAAGUGAGAUAACAGUGUUAAUGAAAAGUGUGUACUCUUUGCUUUUGCAUGGCUUGGCUUAGCAUCAAAGGUAUAUUAGGGCCACUUGAAAGCAUGAAGACCAGUUGUAUGGGAACAGGUUUCUCUCAGUGGCACAUUUUGCUUUUUCUGAGCCCUCAAAUACAUUUUGCCUCAGCAUGAACAUUAUUGUUACUAUAAAUUGCACAUGGUCAUGGAGUGAACUGUGUGAUUAAAAAAUGAUGUAACUGCUUAAUGUUUGCAGAUUCUGGCUGGUCCAUGUGACUAUUUGGCACAUAUCAAACAACUGGGGGGGGGGGGGUGGUAUUGGAACCCUUCUAACCCUUUUUUUUAUCCAUAGACAAGUAUACUUAGUUUAUUAAGAUGUUGGCUACCCCUGGUGUGUUGCCAGGCAGCUCUUUUUUGGUGCCCAUUCCAAAUGUGCUUCCUUGCAUUUCCUAAUAUCAAAGAAACCACCACCCCUUCUUCCCAACAGCAUUUUAGGUUAAUCUGCAUUAAUGGGAAUUGUGCCUACUUAGAGUGCCCCUCCAAUUAAUUACAUACACAUGUCCUAAAAUAAUCCAAGCCAGAGAUACAAGGUGGAAAAAUGUAAAAAAAAAAUAAAAAUUAAAAAAAAAGUCCACUUGAGGCCAGUAAUUUAUCUCACAAGGUAUUUUACCCCAUUAUCUUGACACUUGAUGCGUGAGCCUCUUAGGAGUUGCAGGUGGUUUCAUAGGGCAGAAUCCAAGUGGGGAGGGAUAUGUGGGGUUUCUCUGAGGAGAUCAUUUUGUUCUUUUACCUUCCUUUUGUGCUCCUUCUCUGCUAGGUUAGAAUAGAUUAAUUCUCCCAAUUCAUUUUAUUUUGUUUUUUAUCUUUUAGGAAAGUUUUUACAAAAGCGAUGGUCUGAUGUAAAUAACAUUUUAAAGUAUAGUGCACAUAACUUCCCCCGGACUAUUCCAACCUGAUAAUUUGUAAAUGCUUUAGAGUUUUUUAAAUUAACACUUGUGUUGCUAAAUCCUAUUUAUGUAAGUCUGCUAAAAUUCUUAACCCAUUUAAAACUUAAGACAUUUAAAUAAUGGAUGGGUUAUUCUGAGCAAUUUCGCUUUCAGAACCCCCUUGUUUUAGUAUAUGAAAAUGAUAGCCUAAUGCGCAUUAAUUAAUGAGGUUGGAGAGACUAUGAGAAAUAUGUAUAGUGUAUAUUUUAAAACAGCUUUGCUUGUAUUGUGAAGAUUUAAAAACAAACUUGAGAUUUUUAACGUAACUAUUAACACAGUUUUAACAUAAGUUAUCCCACUGGGUUUAAGAGCAUCUUGAAUGUAUAAUCCUUUUUGUAACCCAGGUUGGUUUCUGCUUUUACCAGUCAUCCAAACAUAUUAUUUAUGUUUUUAGUUUUAUAUACUCAUGUCCCUUUGUUUUCCUCAACCAGCAUGAUUUUUUUGCACAUGUAUUGUAGAAAUUUUUAAAAAGAAAAAUUAAUACAUCAUUUUCUCUGGAUUUUCUUCACUUCUCUCUCCCUUUCUACUAACCCCUUACCUUAAAGGCCAUAUCGCUACAUUUGCAUUAUUUGUGCAAAUGCCAGGGUUGGUUUUUAUUUUUAUUUUUGCUAUUUACCUAAAAAAAGAAAAAUGCUUCAGUCAAUUGCUUUUUUAUUUAAAAAAGAAAAAAGAAAAGAAAAAAAGCUGUAACCUUAUCAUUUCUGAGUAGACCAUUGAGAGAUGAAUGCACACCUGUAAUAGCCCAGGACCAGCUUUGGUGGCUAAAGGGAAUAUUUUAACUAAGCAAGAGGUUCUUUUCUAAAAGUGGUAUAUAUUAUUCACAAUCUCUUUCGGUUAUUCCCACAAGUCAGGGGUCCCGAUAAAAUGAGGGUUAUCAGCUAACUGAUAUGUUAUCAUUGAGGUUCAUCAAUGAAUUUGUACAUUUCUAGUUCCCUUUGGUGAAGGGAAAAAUGAUGAUUUUGCAAGACCUAGAUUUUGGCUUGGUUUCUUGCCUCCUUCUUGGCAGCCUUCAUCUUCUCAUCUCCCAAAGCCCUUGAGCCUGUAGGGUUUUUGUAGUGGACGAAGGACUUGUGGUCUUUUAAAACUAGGACUGAUUUUUUUGGUGAGACAUUAUCAUGUUGAAAGUGAUGUUCUACCACUUUACCAAUGACUAAUUUUAAAUGUACACAGUCCUCUCAAUUUUCGGACCAAACAGAUGCCCACAGUGGAGGCUUAUCAAGGGUUGCAAUGGGGAAGAGGCCUCUCCCUCACUGUCAGCACCAGCUGGUAAAGGUGACUGUACAGAUGUGCAUUUUCCUUUUGGUAGAAAUGGUCCGCAGCACUAACUGGUAAGGCUUAUUGUACAGUAUAUUGUCAGUAUUCUUCUGGUUCACAUACCUUAUAGUUCAUAUAUAACCUGUAUUAAUUGUAUAGAUUGUGCAUUUAAAGCUGUUACCAAGUUGUCAGAACAUAAAGAGCGAAAACAAGGUCAUAUGUAAUAUUUUGUUUGUAAGUAUCCUUUGUAUCAUAGCAAAGGAAAUGUUUAAAAAAAUCAACUGUAAUAAAGUAAUUUUAGUACA